AUGGCAAGGCCAGGGAAUAAGAUCAUUCAAGCCAAGCUGGUUCUUCUUGGAGACAUGGGAACUGGAAAGACCAGUUUAGCAUUAAGAUUUGUGAAAGGCCAAUUCUUUCCUAAUCAGGAACCAACUAUAGGAGCUGCUUUUUUCACUCAAAUAUUGUCAUUACCUGAAGUGACUGUGAAGUUUGAUAUAUGGGACACAGCAGGACAGGAAAGAUAUCAUAGUUUGGCUCCAAUGUACUACCGUGGUGCAGCAGCAGCAAUUGUUGUAUAUGACAUCUCAAGCAUUGAUACAUUUGUUCGAGCCAAAAAAUGGGUUCAGGAAUUGCAAAGACACGGAAAUCAGAAGGCGGUGAUGGCAUUAGUAGCAAACAAAUCUGACUUGGAGCCAAAGAGAGAGGUUGAAGCUGAGGUAGUGUUGAAAUCAUCUUCACAUCCUGUCCCUUUCUCUUCUCCAUUUGAAAGCACAACAAAACUAUACAGUUUAUUCCUCGGCAUUAUCUUCGAAGGAGAGAGAUUUGCUCAAGAGAAUGGAAUGUUCUACAUGGAAGCAUCUGCUAAGACGGCAGAAAACGUCAAUGAGCUUUUCUAUGAAAUAGCAAAAAGACUAUCAAGAGCUUUUCCACCAAAGCCUACCGGAAUGAAUUUGAACAGCGAAAUACAAGAUGGAGGGAGAAAAUUUUUUUGUUGCUCAACUUGA